GUGGCCACGUGGGUUGGGGCCGGGGCGGAGCUAAGGGGGGGCGUGUCUCCGCGAGCGGAAGCCGGAAGUAGCCGCAGGCCGCAGAUUCGCUCGGCGCCUCAAAAAGCGGAGCUCGCGCCCCGUUUUCUGCUCCCCGCGACCAUGGCGGGAGUGAAAGCCCUUGUUGGAUUAUCCUUCAGUGGAGCCAUUGGUCUAACGUUUCUUAUGUUGGGAUGUGCCCUAGAAUAUUAUGGUGUUUACUGGCCCCUGUUUGUCUUGAUAUUUUACAUCCUUUGUCCCAUUCCUCACUUCAUUGCAAAAAGAGUAAGCGAUGACACUGAUGCAGCUAGCAGUGCCUGCAGGGAAUUGGCCUAUUUCUUCACAACUGGAAUUGUUGUUUCUGCCUUUGGAAUGCCUAUAAUCCUUGCACGUGUUGAAGCGAUCAAGUGGGGAGCCUGUGGUCUUGUGCUAGCUGGCAAUGCAGUCAUUUUUCUUACCAUUUUAGGCUUUUUUCUUGUAUUUGGUAGAGGAGAUGACUUUAGCUGGGAGCAGUGGUAGGACUUCACUAUGAUGUUGGUGAUAUGCAACAUACAUGUUUAUAUACUGUAUAUAUGUAUGUGUGUACGUUGGAAUGUUUGUGCCUGCACAUGUAGCCUUAUGCUAUCCGAACAUAAUAUGCUUUUUUACACUUGUAUGUCAGCCAAAUUAAGGGGAAAAGAGCCUUCUGACAGCUUUUUUAAUAGGUACAGAAUAAGCUGAAAUCACAAUAGCUAAAUCUGUCCUUAAAUCUUUGUUUACACAGUGUGCACUAUUUUAUUGAUUUUUAGUUUUUAAUUUUGAUAUAAUACCAUUGGAAUGUAUGUUGGGAGUCAGCUAACAUAGCUGACAUUUUUAACAGCAUAAUCAAAAUGGGCCUAUAUAUUGACUGCACAGUUUAGUCUCCUGGUUUCGCUAACUUGAUUAACUUCUGUUAUGUGACUAGGAUGGAACAAAUAUUUGCCUUUGUAUUCAAAUAAUUGUAAUUUUCAGUAGCUUGUUCUCUCAGUUUAAAAAAAAAACCCAUUGAAUACCUAGAAUAGCUGCUGCCAAGUAUCUCAUGUCCUAUCCACGAUAAAG